CACCGCAAACAAAAUGAAUCUCAUGGUAAUCUUCAUUAGCGCGGUAGCGUUGGUCGCAUCAGCACCGACGGAAACGAAAGACGCAGUUAUCAACGUGGAAGGACCAACAGGCCGUCACGUGCAAACCAGAGAGCCUGGCAAAGCCGUUUCCGGAUACUUUACUUUACGGGAUAAAGAUGGCGUUGAAUACAAGACAACGUACGAGGCUGACGAGAAAGGCUUCCGCGCCACAGGAUCGCAUUUGCCCGUCUCUCCGACCGACUUAUCCGCCCGUCGUCCCAUCGCUUGGUCCUUUCGUUCUCCAAUUUCUGCUUUCCCCAUCUACGGAUUAGGCUACGGUGCGCAAAAUUACUUGCCCUUCCCUCACCCAAUCUAUCCGCAAGGUAAAGUAUUGGCCUUGUGUUUAACAACUUUGGUAGCCUCGGCUCCAUCAGAUGUUAGGCCGUUAACAGUUGACACUGACAAAGCCGAAGCUCGUGAUGUUCAAGACGCAGUCAAACCAGCAAACCCAGCGUGGGGCUAUUUCACGUAA